CCAUGAUCAAACAUUGAACAGCAGUUAUUCAAUUGCAUACAGCAGCACAACAUGGCUUUCAAGCGCAAAACGUCAUCUUCAUUUGGACUGGAGAGAAGAGUGCGACCGAGGAGAGAGGAUGAGUGGGUAGAAGAGCCAGAGAGCCAAGGUUCCUCAAGUGAGGACGAUGAUGAUGGUGAUGAGGUGGAGGAGCAGGGUAUUCGAGGCGCAUCUUCUGACGAGGAUGAAGAGGAAGAUCAAGAAUCUGAAGAAGGUUCGGAAGAUGAAUCAGAGCCCGAGCAAGACACGCCAAAAAUAGACCUCUCAUCAGUCUCAUUUGGAGCUCUCGCAAAAGCACAAGCAUCAUUGCCAUCUGCUGGUCGCAAAUCAAAAUCGAAGAAAUCUGCCGAUGAAGAGGCCCCAAAAACAGAAACACCGGCGCCCAGGAAAUCCACCAAAUCAAAGGACGACCCCAAGCCCAAACGAUCUUCCAAACACGCCCCGCAAGAACAAACCUCCAAGAAGCCCGUAUCUCGCCGCCGUGAGAUCCUCCCAGAUAACCGGCGCCAAUACCGCGAUCCUCGCUUCGACCCUCUAGUAGGCCGCGUCGACGAAGAGAAAGCUAGCAAAGCCUACGCCUUCCUAGACGAAUACCGCGACAAGGAGAUGGCCGACCUUCGCGCACAGAUCAAGAAGACUAAAGACUCCUACGAGAAGGACAAUCUAAAGCGCCAACUCCAAUCCAUGGAAUCUCGCAAGAAGGCCAACAUGCGAAGACAGGAGGAAGAGAGGUUGCUGAAGGAGCAUCGCCAGAAGGAGAAGGAGCUUGUGGCGCAGGGCAAGACGCCGUUUUACCUCAAGAAGAGCGAGCAGAAGAAGCAGCUGCUUGUGAAUAGAUAUGAGGGCAUGAGUAAGGGACAGGUUGAUAGGGCGAUUGAGAGGAAGAGGAAGAAGGUUGCUGGUAAGGAGAAGAAGGAGUUGGACUUUUUGCAACGGGGAUCUCGACCACGAGGAUAGUCGAGUUCAAGGUCGGAAUUUUACAGCAAACUGGAGAUCAGUCAAGCGGUUGGACUUGUACGAGUUGCAUCCUAGGAGAUGUCGUUCGAUGAUCUCGAAGAGCCGUUCGCACUAUCGUUCUGGCUCCAUUUGCCCACCUACGCAUACAUCAGACAUAGCGAAAUUGCAUUUCAGAACAAUCAUCUUGGUCUAUACACGCCACUCGUGAUCCAGUUUAGCCCACAAUCGCUUCCCAGUGUCCCUCUCUCCAAUGAUCCAACCUUCAUCCCCUUCGGCAAAAAGGGGCAGAAACAGCAAAAGGGAAA